AAAUGUGUUUUUUCCAAAAAAAUUUACAUUGUACAAAGAAUGCUUUGAGAUCCACAUGACAUGGUGAUAUGGCCUAACUUUAAAUUGCAUCCUUUGCGCUUUUACGACGGUCCCUAACUUCAGUGGGUCAUCUCGGGCUGCCAAUGGUUUUCAAAGCACUAUGCUGUUACCCUCCAUCAGCUCCUGAUGUGAAAGAAACCUGACCAACAUUAGGCGAUAGGCUAUUUAUCCUGCACACUACAGCAGAACUGUUGCCAAUUAAUGGUCAUGGUGAAACAUAUAGAGGAUCAACCUCGGCGAGUGUGUGAAUAACAUCAAACCGAGCGCACUUCCAGCAGCUAGUGCUGCCGUGCCGGUGCCGGCUGUGUCUCCAGUCGCAGGCCAGACAAGAGGCAGAGGACCGGCCAUCCGAAGCGGAGUGGGUGUAGUUAGCUAAGCAGCUUACAGCCCGGUCAGCAGGCCCACAGUUGAACUGAUGCGAAGAAUGGACGGCGUCGUCACCGCAGGGAAACAUGGCAUAUAAAAGGAGGCGUUGUUCGGUACUGCUGGCAUCGACAUAACCGGAUCAGACCUCCUGAAGGAAUGUUCACCCUCACAGAAGUCGCCUCCCUGAAUGACAUCCAGCCAACUUAUCGCAUACUGAAACCAUGGUGGGAUGUCUUCAUGGAUUAUCUUGGUAUUGUCAUGUUGAUGUUGGCCAUAUUUUCUGGAACGAUGCAGCUGACUAAGGACCAAGUGGUUUGUCUUCCCAUUCUGGAACAAACUCCAGAGGGGUCUGGGGUUUUUUUAGGUCCCCAACCACCAGAGACAGCUGAUAGUUUAUGGAACAAAGAAAGUGCCAUCGGAGAGCAAGCCGCUCCUUUAAUGGCUAAAAGGCCCCCUGACAGCAUCGCCCCUACAAUUCACUUCACACAGUCGGGUACUUUUGGGCAGCCUCCACCAACAGGCAUCAGAACCAAGCUGGAUUUUCAGCAGUAUGUUUUUGUCAACCAGAUUUGCUACCAUGUUGCCCUUCCUUGGUAUUCCAAAUAUUUCCCAUACCUUGCUCUAAUCCACACCAUCGUAUUAAUGGUCAGCAGCAACUUCUGGUUCAAGUACCCGAAAACAAGUUCCAAAAUAGAACAUUUUGUUUCCAUACUGGGAAAAUGUUUUGAAUCGCCUUGGACAACCAAAGCACUGUCUGAGACUGCGUGCGAGGACUCAGAAGAGAACAAGCAGAGACUGGCUGGUGCCUCCUCCCUCCUGAAGCAUUUGUCCACAAGCAGCGAGGAGGGCAGUCCAAACCAGUCCGCCCCAAUGCUGACUAAAUCUGGAGUCACGUUUUCUGUUGAAAAGCUUGUGAGUGAAGUCCCCUCCAUGACCAUACUGGACAAGAAAGAUGGUGAGCAAGCAAAAGCCCUGUUUGAAAAAGUCCGAAAAUUCCGUGCCCAUGUGGAAGACAGUGACUUGAUUUACAGGCUGUAUGCCCUUCAGACAGUCAUCAAAACAGUCAAAUUCAUUUUGAUCCUGUGCUACACUAUGACUUUUGUUGCCUCUAUAGAUUUUGACCAUGUGUGUGAACCUGAAAUUAAGCAUUUGACUGGAUAUGCCAAGUUUCAUUGUACACACAACAUGGCGUUCAUGUUAAAGAAACUCCUUGUUAGUUAUAUUGCUAUCAUAUGCGUGUAUGGCAUAAUCUGUAUAUACACACUGUUCUGGCUUUUUCGGCGACCGCUUAAGGAGUAUUCUUUUGAAAAAGUCAGAGAGGAGAGCAGUUUUAGUGACAUUCCAGAUGUUAAGAAUGACUUUGCGUUCCUCCUCCACAUGGUCGAUCAGUACGACCAGCUUUAUUCAAAACGUUUUGGAGUUUUUCUCUCCGAAGUGAGUGAGAACAAACUUCGGGAGAUCAGCCUAAACCAUGAGUGGACCUUCGAGAAGUUGCGGCAGCAUGUGACACGCAAUCCUCAAGAAAAGUUGGAACUCCAUCUUUUUAUGCUCUCUGGAGUUCCAGAUGCUGUGUUUGAUCUCACCGAUUUAGAAAUCCUUAAACUAGAAUUGAUCCCAGAGGCCAGGAUAACAGCUAAGAUCUCACAAAUGAUAAACCUCCAGGAGCUGCAUUUCUAUCACUGUCCAGCCAAAGUUGAACAGACUGCUUUUAUUUUUCUUCGUGAUCACCUCCGGUGCCUUCAUGUCAAAUUCACAGAUGUUGCUGAGAUUCCUAGCUGGGUAUACUUGUUGAAAAAUUUAAGGGAACUGUACUUGGUUGGUAACCUGAACUCUGAAAACAACAAAAUGAUCGGACUCGAGUCUCUGCGAGACCUGAGGCACUUAAAGAUUCUGCAUCUCAAAAGCAACCUCACAAAGAUCCCGACAAACAUAACAGAUCUGUCUCCGCAUCUGAUCAAGUUGGUCAUUCAUAAUGAUGGUACAAAGCUCCUAGUGCUGAAUAGUUUGAAGAAAAUAAUGAAUCUCGCGGAGCUGGAGCUUCUUAACUGUGAGCUGGAGCGAAUCCCCCACGCUAUCUUCAGUUUGAACAACCUUCAGGAGCUGGAUCUAAAAUCCAACAACAUUCGUACUAUCGAGGAAGUCAUCAGCUUUCAGCACCUCAAGAGACUGACGUGCCUCAAACUUUGGCACAAUAAGAUCAUCACCAUUCCACUAUCAAUUAGCCAUGUCAAAAACCUUGAGUCGCUUUAUCUCUCACACAACAAGCUUGAGUCUCUACCCUCAUCAUUAUUCACCCUUCUCAAGUUGAGGUACCUGGAUGUUAGCCAUAACUCUAUUGUGGUAAUACCACUGGAGGUCGGCUUUCUGCAGAACCUCCAACAUUUUGCCAUUACCGGCAACAAAGUCGAGGUAGUUCCCAAGCAACUCUUCAAGUGCACCAAACUGAGGACCUUAUGUCUCAGCCACAACUGUAUCUCCUCCAUUCCAGAGAAAAUCGGCCACCUCUCGCAGCUGACACAUCUGGAACUGAAGGGAAACUGUCUGGAUCGUCUCCCGGCUCAGCUCGGUCAGUGCUGCCUCCUGCGCAGGAGCUGCCUGAUUGUGGAAGAUCAUCUCUUUGACUCGCUCCCCGCGGAGGUCAAAGAGAGCAUCAAUCAGGAAACUAGUGUUUCUUUUCCAAAUGGGUGCAAGUGUCUAAGUGAUGGACGGUAGUCUCCUACAUGGCAUCAUAUGUCUUUUUUUUAAUCUUGCCAUUAGAAACAGUAGUUCAGGGUACAGUACUGGUACGCUUCAUGAUGUUUUAGCAAUUUAUAAAAUGAACAUAUCAAGGCACAUACAAGGAGACAUUUUAGAUGAAGAAAUUAUCAUGGCUUGUGUCAUAUGUAUUUAAUUUUGCUUUCAGUUAAUGUACGUGCAUAGUAGCCUUUAAAUCACCCUGCUUAUUGUUUACCUUUUGUAUGCAAACAUGUCUAUAGUGGUUGCAUGGGAAUUUGUGCAAUUUUGAAGCAACCCCUCUUUUUUGAUUAACUAGGUGCAUUUGCUUGACCUCAAUUUAAAAGGAAAGUUCACUCAAAUUACAAAAAACAUGUUUCUGUAAUGGCAUCUAACCAUGCAGAUAGUUUUGGUUUUAUUGGCCCAAGUUUUGACUUUCUAACCCCACCCAAAUAUAAUCGAUGUGAAUAGAAUUAGAAUAGAAGGUCUACGGUGCUCACAGCAAUAAAAUAUUGUAAAGUAAACAUUUCUUUCCAGAAACAGUGUCCCCAUUACUUUGGAGAAAACCUUGCAGUUUUUAUUACACCUACAUUUUAUCAAAGUAACAUUCUUUGUGAAACCUGUUUACAGCAAGCGUGUUGAUUAUUAAGUGACCGGGGCAUUGCCUCUGGAGAGGAAGUGUUGCUGUUGAAAUUUGAAAUGCUGUAAUCACCAUAAAAAAAAUGUCCCUAAUGUGAUGGAAGUAACAUUACCCAGCACUGACUAGAUACUACUAUGGUAAGUUUUUAUUUUGGUAAAUUGACCUUUUAAACACUAUGGUUUAUUAAAAAAACCUGACUCAAGGUACAAUUGCAAACUUUGCUCAUAUGGUUGUAUGCAGGCAAAAUGACAACUGAGCAAAUUACCCACUCUGAGGACAGCAAAAAGUGGUUGAAAGCUCCAGAAAAAGAUAGUAAGCGGACCUUGAGUUAAGAUUAUUACUGCUGCUAACGUCAAGAAUGACUCUUUUACCACUGCAGUAUAAUAUAAUAAUAACAAACUUAAUUUGAAUAGCACCUUUUAUACAAGAAAUGCAGCUCAAAGUGCUUUACAUGAAAGAACUGCACCGAGUGCUCACAUGAAAAUAGACAAAGAAUGAACAUUUGAUAAUAAAAAUAAGCAUAAAAUUUGUUUUAUUUAAAUACAGCAUUUUAAAAGAAGUGAAGCAGUGCGUAGGUGCGCAGCAAAGUGUAAAGAGAGUUUCCGGCCUGUAUUGGGAAAGUCAUAGCUGAAGGCUAAAGUCAAGAGACAUAUUUAGCGAGCUGGCUUCCCUGAUAUCUACUGUUCUCCAUAGUUUUGGGGCAUAAUUGCCAAAAACUGUAUCCCUGAUUUUUGACCACAUACAAGGAUAUUUGCUGCACAAACAAAUUCAAGAAAUGUGUAUGUACAACCUCAUUUUAAAACUAACUGUAUGCAUUCCAAUUUGAAUUUACUUUAUACUAAAAUUACAAAUGUUCUCAUCUGACCCUUAUCUGUAUUUUUACAUUUGAUACAGGGCUUUUAUUUUUCAAAGGAGUAGACAGAAGAUUCAGUGGCAGACUCAGGCUGUUUGAGGGAAAGGGGCGAAGAAAUAAAAAGGCUGUAUGCAGUGGGACACCAGAGUGCAGAAACAAAAAGAAACAACACAACAGAGGGAAAUUUUAACUAUAGAGGCAUAAUGAGGGCAAACUGUCUUGCAGGAGCGUAUGGAGGCGUGUUUCUACUACUGUGUGGCACUGUACGCUGGAUCAUGUUUUCCACACUGGAAGUGCACCCUAGAGGGCGCUUCAUCUCAUUUUCUCCACUGAAAGGACACAGUAGAGGGCAUUUUAUCACAUUUUGUCCACUGGAAGACCACCCUAUAGGGCACUUUAUUAAUAAUCAGGCGGUGCAAUCAUCCCCCUAACUCCCCAAGUCCACCAGUGAGUAGAUUGUUUUCUCUCUUGUGUACAGCCUACCCACAAUGACAUUUUUCAUUAGUUGUUCUUUUGUGCUCUCAUGUUUUAUAAUUAUGAUUUUUUUCUUGUAAACAAUAUAUUUAUCAUGUAUUUUGUGUGUUCUUUUCUGUAUUUGUGGUCUAAUUGUCUUUUAUCUCUUCUCUCUGCACAGCACUUUGUAAAUCUGGUUUUAAAAUGUGCUAUAUGAAUAAAGGAAUAACUUAUUGUACUAUUGUUAUUACUAUUAUUUAAAUAUACAAAAUGAAGCCAGUAUUGCACUGAAAAUCUGUUUUUGUACCAAAAAACACAUUUUGAAUGAUUCUUUAUAAUUGUACAGUUGAACCUCGAUGCCUGAAAUUCCUGAAUCCCCAUGAAAUUAACUUUAAAAUUAAUUUCUACAGAAGUGUACAUACAAUAUUUUCUUCUGACUUAUCAUAUGUAAUGCUAAAAAAACAACACAGUCUGCCCAGCAUGCUGAGUUCUGUCAUCAGGGCCACAUCAGAACUUGGAAAAGUACCUACCAAGUAUGUAUUUUAAAUGAUCUAAGUAAGCAUGUGCAGCUUCGCCAACACUUCCUGUCCUUCUAUGCCCCUUUCUGUUUGCUAUAACAUCUUAACACUGAAUAGUCUCUUGCUGUUUGGCAUCUGAAAAAUACACGAAGCAGGAAACACACACACACAGUGCUCCUUUAUGGAACUUGUUAGCCCAGUUCAUUCAAUAUAAUGUUUAUGACUGAUAUCAUUUUUCUAGAACAAAAGUGUCGGAUAACUAGGCCAUCAAUACUGUGUGUGUGUGUGUGUGUGUGAGAGAGAGAGAGAGAGAGAGACAGAGACAGAGAUGAACACUGAUCCAGCACAACAAAUUUCAAUGGAAUAAAUAAGAAUGACUUUAAAUAAUGACUGAUACUCUGAUAGUGAUUUUAUUUUUUUGUGAUGGCUGCCACAUUUUCUUUCACAAACCCACAAUACUGUAUUUAGUCCAUCCUAACAGCAAAGUGUUUUUUGGGGAGUAUUCUAAACUCUUUUGAAUGAUACAGAGCUCACAACCAAUUUAUAUUACUAACAUAUACUAUUUUCCUGUUCUGUGGCACUUUAAUGUGGGUUUGUGAUUCUGAUGUGGCCGCUCCAUAAGCUACAAACAUCCACUUGUUUUGUAAUGUAGGUAGAAGGUUUUCCACUGACUUUGCAGACAUGUGGGGUUGAAAUUAGUCAAAGACUGGAGAGAAACCUGAUUCAGAUAAUAUGCUUGCAUUAUCAUAUGAAAGAUAUUUGUUAUGGCGACAAACUGGAUUUUCACUCUGAUGUCCUUGAGGGAGGUUGUGAGUGUAACCCUAAAAUGUUUCACUUUAAAACUGUAAUCAUAUGCCUGUAUAUUUCAUUUUGACCUAAGAUACAUGUAGUUUAAAUUGCAUUUGGUCUAAAAUAAAACUUACUAUCACAAGUAAA